CCGAUCACUCCCCGGCCCAUGUUUCCUUUUUUUUUCAUUUACACUGAAUAAUUGAGAAGCACCACCAACUACUUUUUUCAAAAAAAAAAUUUUUUUUUCUCUAUCAACCAGAAUUAUUAUCCCUUUACCAAAAUUUUCACCCAUAGCCAAAAAUGGACCCUCCAUUUUCUUCCAUCUCCAUAGACCCUCCUCCCCAGCCCAUAAUCCCCGUCGUGGCCAACCCAACGACGACAGUUGCCGGUCUGCCUUCGAGUUUCAACCAUCCUCCUUACCCAGACAUGAUAUGUGAGGCUAUUGAGGCUUUAAAAGAGAAGAAUGGGUCAAGCAAAAGGGCCAUAGCUAAGUUCAUAGAGUCAGCUUACAAGGACUUGCCACCGACACACCCAGCCUUGUUGACUCACAACUUGAAGCGCUUGAAAAAUAACGGUCUUCUGGUUAUGGUGAAGAAAUCUUACAAGCUUGCUUCCACCGCUAGAUCUGAAGGUUCGAUUCCGGAUUCUACUGCAGAUGCUUCUCCUGGAUCCAAACGAGGCCGCGGCCGUCCUCCCAAGCCCCUUCCUACUGCCGAACCCAACUCUCAGCUGCAAUCUGUUUCGGUUACCGAUGGGCCUAAGACCUCCGGUAGGCCUAGAAAAAAUGGGCCCGUUGGUCAACUUGGGGCUAUAAAGGGCCAGGGUCGGCCACCCAAAAGUGGGCCUAAGAAGAGUCCGGGUCGACCAAGGAAACCGAAGACGGUGAGGUCAGUGGCGGGGGCUAAUGCGAUGAAAAGGGGCCGUGGACGGCCGCCUAAGGCCUUGAACCAGUUACCUCCACAGGCUCUUAUGUCGAUCCAGGGUCAACCCAUGGCUGUUCCCUAUGCUGAUGUUACUGCUGCUGCUGCUACUGCUACUGUUGCUGAUUUACCAAGGCCCAGAGGAAGGCCCAAGGCCGCAGCUGGAGCUGCUGGCGUCGUGAUCCCUGGAAAGCGGAGAGGUCGACCACCCAAGAUGAUCACUGCUAAGCCCAUCAGGCCCAAGAAAACAACUGUAAAACCAGGCCGCCCCAAGAAGACAACUCAUGGAGCUGAAUCAAAGGCGUUAGCAGCAGCAUAUGGAGAUCUUAAGAGAAAACUUGAAUUCUUUCAAUCAAAAGUGAAGCAAGCAGUUGGAGUACUAAAGCCUCAGUUCACCGGUGAAAGCAACAUCAGUGCCAUUGGCGCAAUCCAAGAGCUAGAAGGACUUGCAGCAAUGGACAUUAGUACACCGGUUAAAGAGGAUGCUCAACCACCGUUGCUGCCGCUGCCGGCACCAACACAACCACCGGUGUCAUAGAAUGAAGUACAAGUGUAUUAAUCCUUUCUUCCUGUAUGUUUAGCAAGAGCUGUAGAAAUGUUCUGACGUAGACACAACGACAUUUCUGUAAAGGGAAAUAGGAAGUUGCAGAUCUAAUUGUUAUUGUUGUUGAGGCUUGUUGCUUGUGAAACUUUUUCAUGACUUUAAUUCUCUCAUUCCCUGUACUGAUUCCAAACUUUGAAUGCAAAUUUGAGUACAAUUUCAUCGUCA